GUCUUGAAUCUCUGGGAUAGAUCUAUUGGUUUCCUGAUAAUGGUGGCUUUUGCUACUCUGGGGUUGAUCCUCUCUGCAACGUGUCACGACAUUGGAACCUACUGUGCCGCACAAGUAUUCUACAGCGUCGGCUUCGCCGGUAUCAUUUUCAGCGUCGAUGUUAUUACGGCCGAUACAUCGACACUUCGCGACCGAGGUCUCGCCUACGCCUUUACUUCCUCUCCCUAUAUCAUCACUGCGUUUGGGGGCCCUGCUGCGGCGGAGCACUUUUACGAUUCGAACUGGCGAUGGGCGUAUGGCUGUUUCUCUAUCGUUUUGCCCGUCGUUGCCCUGCCCAUGUUUUGCCUGCUGCGCUGGAAUCGGCACAAGGCAAAGAAGAGCGGUCUUUUGAAGGCCAAGCCCGGCAGUGGCAGAACGUGGAUGGAGAGUAUCAGGCACUAUAUCAUCGAGUUUGACAUACUCGGUGUUUUCUUCCUAGCUGCCGGACUUGUACUUUUCCUCCUGCCGUUUUCCAUUGCUGGCUCCACCGAGGAUGACUGGAAGUCGGCCUCGAUCAUCACCAUGCUCGUGAUCGGUCUCCUCUGCCUGGUUGUCUUCGCUCUAGUCGAACGCUUCGUUGCACCCGUCCCCUUCCUCCCCUGGGCUCUGCUGGCCUCUAGAACCGUCCUCGGUGCCUGCAUGGUAGACGUCUGCUACCAGAUCGCAUACUACUGCUGGUUCAACUACUACACCUCAUACCUGCAGGUCGUGUACGGCACCAGCAUGACAACCGCAGGCUACAUCAGCAGCAUCUUCGACGUCGUCUCAGGAGUCUGGCUAUUCGUUGUGGGGUUCCUAAUCAAGAAAACCAACCGCUUCCGCUGGCUCCUCUUCAUCGCCGUCCCGCUCUACAUCCUCGGCGUCGGGCUCAUGAUCUACUUCCGCAGACCCAGCUGGUCCGUCGGGUACAUGAUCAUGUGCCAGAUCUUCAUCGCCUUCGCGGGCGGCACCAUGAUCAUCUGCCAGCAGGUUGCUGUGCUCGCGGCGUCGGACCACGACCACGCUGCUUCCUCGCUUGCCUUCCUGAACGUGUUUGGCACGAUGGGAGGCGCUGUGGGAAGUAGUAUCUCCGGUGCGAUCUGGACGCAUACGCUGCCUGGUGCGCUGCAGCGUCUGCUUCCGGAGUCGGUGAAGGCGGAUUGGGAGACAAUCUAUGAUUCGCUGGAGGUGCAGCUUAGCUAUGAGAGGGGGACGCUGGUCCGCCAGGCUAUUGCUCUUGCGUAUGCUAGUACGCAGAGCAAGAUGUUGAUUGCGGGGACGGCUAUCAUGGCGCUUUCGCUCAUUUGGAUGUUUGUUAUUCGGGAUAUCAAGCUUACCAAGACGCAGACCAAGGGAGUGUUGUUUUAAUUCGACGUUUGUUGCUGCCAGAUGAGCUUAAAAAGGGAGGUUGGGAACUUUGAGUGGGAGGACUGGUCAUGUCCAUUACGAUUAUUAAUGAUGUAGGAUAUCAUGGGUGGCCUUUCACCUGAAGACGGAUACAGUUAGAUGUGAGAUGAGGGUAAUGGAAAGACACCGAAGAGUUAUGUGGAAUAUAAUUUAAUAUUUUAUCAGAGUUGCUCAGCCCAAAUCCUCUCACUUAGAAGAGACUCCUCUAUGGAGCAAUUAGUCCCUC